AUGGCUGCCGCUCUGGACCCAGAUGAGGUGCUUCGUUCUUCGAAAGGGAGAGAUAAUUAUCAGCGUCUAGCUCGGCUUUUGAUAAGUGGCGGUACUGUACUGUUGAGGGAGGCAUUUGACAUCAAAUGUCCACCAAGUAAUCUUUCCACAACACUUCAGAAUCCAGCCACGAAGAAGCUACUUAAGGCAGCAAAGCUCACAAAGCCUCAGAGGGACUGCCUGUACCCUUCCCCAGGGAUGUACGGAAAGUCAACAGACUUUGAUAUAACUCUCCUUUUCCGGUUGUUGAGGACAAUAUGCGGCCUUACUCCUCCUGUCACGGGCUGGGAUGCGCUACCGACAAGUACAGAUGACAGUUUAGAAGCAGAUUUAGCUAGAAUCAAAUAUUACCGCAAUUCGAUAUAUGGUCAUGUGAACGAGAACAUGGAAAUCUCAGAUGACGAGUUUUCAGUUCUUUGGAGAGAACUCAGCGGGGCUCUGGUGAGAGUUGCGGGUCAAAUCAGCCCUGCAAAGGCAAAGGAAUGGCAGAAUGCUAUUGAUACAUUUUUAAGAGAUCCUCUCACAGAGGAAGAAAAGAGAAAUGAGCAGGAAUUGCAGCGCUGGUACCAGAAUGAUACAGAAGUAAAGAAAUACCUGGAAAAGGUAGAAUCUUCAAUGAAGCAUUUGGAGAAAGAAGCUCAAUACGUAAGACAAAAGGUUCGAGAAGAAGCCCAAGAU